AUGGCCGAUUUUGCCGAUAUUUGCAUUAAUCAUGAUGGCGAAUGGGGUAAGUGCGAUUCUUAUUACAAAAUAAUAGCUGUGUUGUAAACACAACGUGCAACUUCAUUGACUGUAAGGAAAUAAUGACACUCAGUGAAUAUACUCUACAUUAUUGAAUAUAACAACAGUUUUAAUGCUCAAGCGCAGCAGUACUUGUUUAAGCAACUUUCCCCCUUACUGUAUAUUUUUAUGAAUUGAAGCUACUUUGGAAACUCACUGAUCUCUUGCAACAAUUUUACAUGCAUAAUGUAUUAGAAUAUAUACUUUGGAUUAUUUCACUGAUCUCUUCCUGCUUGCAACAUUGUUACAGACAUCAACCUGUUUAAAGAACUUGAAAACCUAAGUGAUGCAGAAGAACUGCUUGAAGAAUUUGAGUUCACACCACAUGAUGAAACAACACUGCAACAAGAGGUAUUACAACUUAUUUCCCGUCUAUGUAAUGCUAUGUGUUAUUAUCCUACUAGCCUAGAUCAAAAAUUAUUGGAAGUAGUAGCUGCCUAAUCUACAAUCAGUCUUAGUGACUGAAAGUGACAGCUAACAGACUGCAUGUUUCUCAGGUGAAUGACAUAAAUCUCUUACAAUGGAGAUCCUUUGCCAGUGGAGAUACUGACUAUUGCUGCACAGGUAAAGAUCACCAGGAUUGCAUCACUUUAACUAUAACAGCCAUGUCACAACAUUGAGUUGUUGGCCCCAUGCCAAGGCAAAGUAGGCUAAGUGUAGCCAACCAUCAGAAACCGUCUUCCUGGUAAUAGAUUACAAUCUCAUACAGGAAACACCCACACUGUAAAGGGGAUAAUCGUUGAUAAUAUAUAAAAAAAAUCUAUCCGGUUUAUAAUAAGAAUUCAGGGAGAACACCUCCAGAGCCGAAGCAAAGAAAAUGUCUAACAGGCCUUCUCUGAGAAGGCCAUUAUAUAUUAAUCACACAGCACCAAAUGUUCUGUAAACACCAGCCUGAGAGGCUUGUAGGAAGCCACAACAUAGGCUGCUACAGAAUCACACAGUGUCACAGAUGCAGGUAACUGCAUAAAUAAAUGAAACACCUGAGUAAAUGAGGGAUACAAAGUAUAUUGAAAGCAGGUGCUUCCACACAGGUGUGGUUCCUUAGUUAAUUAAGCAAUUAACAUCCCAUCAUGCAUAAAAAUGCCCAGUUGCCCAUUAUUUUGUCUUUAAAGUGUGUGUGUCUGUCUCAGUCACCAGAGCGCAACCCAACUGAACACUUAUGGGAGAUUCUGGAGCGGUGCCUGAGACAGGAUUUCCCACCACCAACAACAAAACACCAAAUUAUGGAAUUUCUCGUGAAAGAAUGGCGUCACAUCCCUCCAGUAGAGUUCCAGACACUUGUAGAAUCUAUGCCAAGGCACAUUGAAGCUGUUCUGGUGGCUCGUGGUGACCCAACGCCCUAUUAAGACACCUUUAUGUUACCUGUACAUUAUGAGUGUGUCCUCAAAUCCAGUCUGCCGUCAAACUUUAAACAUAACAUUCAAGACUGGCAGACAUUUAAUACUGGCAGUUAAACAGGUCAAAGGUAAGAACAUCAGUACUUACAACAGAUAAUUAUAGAAAACUACUUUAAAUAAAUAUGAUACUUAGACAUACAUUUUAAAGUAACAGUUAACCCUGUGUUGUUCACUGAGCAGUAUCACACAUCGGCAACCUUUUUGUGGGUUUAGCUGGGGUCAAAAGUUCAGCAAAGUUGACCUCUGCCAAGCCUAUUUGCAGAUGCACGUUGAUGAAAUGUCAAAGGAGCUGCUGACCGUCGUGACACACAAUGGGCUCUCCAGGUACUGUAGUCUACCGUUUGGAAUCACAAGUGCACCAGUGCAGAGAAGACCAUCGAGAAGCUUGGAGAAGUGUUUAGACGGUUCGGAUCGCCACUCCAACUCGUUAGCGACAACGGACCGCAGCUACUGUCCCAAGAAAUGGCCACGUUCCUAGAGGUGAAUGGCGAACUCAUCAGGUCCGCACCAUAUCAUCCAUCAACCAACGGGCUGACAGAGAGGUUCGUACAGACCAUGAAACAUGCCUUAAAAGCGUCUCAAGGUCAAGGGAUACUGCACCAAUGCUUGAACAGCUUCCUGCUAUCCUACAGGAACACACUGCACGCAAGUCUUUGCCUGCAUUGCUACUCAUGAGCUUCGACCUACUCAAACCUCAGAACGCAAAGGAGACAGUACGACGUAAACAGGAGAGUCCAGUCAAACGUUGUGAACUGAGAGGAAAUGACAGAGCCUCAGCCUGGAGAAACUGUCUUAGCUAGGAACUACCUCAACAGACCAAAGUGGGUUAUUGCUACAGUCAUUGCUCAGACUGGUCCUGUGUCCUACACUGUCCAGACUGCAGAGGACGUCAUCUGUAAAAGGCACACAGAUCAGUUACUGUUGAGUAAAGCAACACCGACAGAACCACCAGUCAGUCGUGAGUGGUCCAGAACUCUGACUGGGUGACACCCUGACCCAGUAGUCGUCACCUAGGGGCUCACAGUCAUCUUCUCAGGACUGUUGUUCAUAAUGGGGACAAUUUAUGUAGGGGGAGGAGAUGUGGUGUAUUGGGGUUGUGGCGCAGAGCAUCAUGGGGGUGUUAAGAACAGCACGUUCUAGAUAAAUGGUUGAACUGAUUCCUGUCUCCCGUCUCAUCAUUAUUGAAUUGUUAUAAAGAUGUGGUUAUGAAACCCACGAGACAUAACAGUUAUGUACUGUUUCCCUUCCCCCAAGGGAAUGCGUCUGUCUGCGUCUACCCGCACAUACUGUGCCAUCAAGUUUAUUACAUAUCAAUUCAUAUUAACAGUAAAUCAUAUACAGGAAAAUAAUUUAUCAAAUUGGGGGAAUUGAUCCGCGGGCCUACAAAAGGGCCCAUCCCUGCCCUAGUCAGGAGACAUUAGGUGGCUGUCUUGGGCGUGGGAAGGCUGCACCUGUGAGGCCCCCAAACUGUGUUGUGUAAGGUCAAUCACACAGGAAGUGAAAGAGGAUCGGUAAUGUGAUGCCCCUGCUUGUCAAUUGAAUUGAGUUCCAAUUGUUUCGUUGGCAGAUGUAGGAAUGCCUGGUUCCUCCCUAUCACCAGGAUCUGCAGUUAGUGAUACCUCCUCACUGUCACCACUAUCCCUGAAAGUAAGAUUCCAAUUCACUCAACACUCUCCCCCUAUGUGUAAAUAGUAGGCUAAGUACUGACUACUCUCACAAACUUCUCUCUUGUGCAUGCAUAUGCGUACCAGCAGGAAUAUGCUGUGUCUAUGCAACCUUUACUGACUAUGGUGUCUCCUGAAAAGAAAAUACACAAGCGAGUGAGCCCAUCUCCCAGAGGUAAAACGUCUCUUUGAUGUCACAAUAUGGUGGAUAUCUUCAAAAAAGUAUUGAAAGUGUCUGUUUAGAAUAGAUGUAUCAUAGUUCACCCCUGUAUUAACCACACUCUUACUUAUUCUCUUACGUUUUUCCCACCAGCCAAGCGACCCGCCCACUCAAACCAGAGGGUGUCCAUCCAGCCCAAACUUCCCCCCUCUGUCCCCCUCACCCAACCCUUGGCCCCUCUUCUCAAAACCAGGACCAUUGUCAUCCAGCCCUUUGGCCUGCAGACUGUGGUCUCAGUGGUCAAGGCUCCACCGCAUGUGACUGUUUACUCUUGUGUUAUCUUACAAUGAAAUAGUAUUUAGUAUGUGUACUAUUAUUUGGAGGGGUUUGAAUAGUGUGCUGCACUGUUUUUUUGUGACUAAUAUCCCUCUAUAUUGGUGGGUCUUAUUCACUGAAGUAAUUCAGGUUAUAUGGCUUCCUCAAAGUCCAAUAGUACUCCUGAGAUUUAAACCAGUGAGUUAUUUCCCCUACCAGAAGUGGAUAAGUUCAUAUUGUCUAUGGAUCUGUCUCCGUUCGUUCUUACUAUGUUAGUCACAUGCAAUAUCUCAGACACCACGAAACUUGGGUUAAUGAUGCGUCUUGCCAAAGAGUAAUCAUCUGGAAUUCCAAACUUUGAACAAGCUUAUCUCCUUACCCGUUUGAGCUACUGUCAUGUAAUUUUGCACACAUAUGCAUUUCUGCAUUACAGAAAAGUUCCCCAUAAGGACCUAUAAGCUCUGCCCAUUAGAUUCUCCGCAAAUUAGAUUUUGCAUAAUUCAUAGGGGUCGACAUGUUUACUGUUGCCUUGUUAAAGUACAUAAUUGUAUUUGUAAUUUAAUUAAAAGCUGAAACAACAUUUUGUGAAGAAAAUGAAAAAUUGUAUGUGCAUUUGUACCUCCUAAGACUGCACCUGUUGUUAUUGACCACUAGGUGUCCUCAAAACGUUGUCUGCUGUGCAAAGAAGGCUACUGCCUUCUCCUCAAAUGUAACCUAACUUAGCAGCAAAAAAAACGCCUGAAACUAGAUCCCCUACAAACAAUAAGAAAAAAAAAACCGUUGGGGGGAGGUUAUCUUCUGCACUGUUCAACCAAUCCAGUAAAUGUGGAGGAGGAGUUAAGAUGGAGUUUUGCCUUGUUAACGUCCAAAAGGGGAAGUUACGUCACAGGCUCUCUUUCCAUUUCUCCUGAAUUCGGAACAUCCGGUUGUUGGGGACUCAGCAUAGGCUACCUCAAAUGUAACACAAUGUCCAGUGUAUGACCAGUGCAUGCCAUGCAGGAUCCUCGAGGACAGACUUGGAAAUAUUGUGGUUUGAAAACGUAUAUUUUCAUUUCAACGUCAGCACAGAGCACACUCAUAUCAACUACACCUGUCAUAACCUCUAAUUUAAAUACCAAUGAUCAAACAGAUACAGUACAUCCAUCUGAGGCUGUGUUUACACAGGCAGCCCAAUUCUUUCCACUAAUUGGUCUUUUGACCAAUCAGAUCAGCUCUUUUGUCGAUAAUUGGGAAAAAUAUCAGAAUUGGGCUGCCUGCGUAAAUGCUUUGAUGUCAUCAGUACAAUUUCUCACUUCCAAUGCUCACUAUUUCACAAUAGUCAUUUACAGUUUUUGUCAUUUAGCAGACACUCGUAUCCAGAGCAAUUAGGGUUAAGUGUCUUGCUCAAGGGCAAAUCGAUAGCUCGGGGAUUCGAACUAGCGACUUUUUGGUUACUGGCCUAACGCUGUAACCGCUAGGCUACCUGCCACCGUAUUUAUGUUCUCUCUGAGCCAUUAGUAGCCAGAAUAAAAGCCUUUAACCUCACAAGGACCUUAGGGCUGUAUUAUUACAGUGUAAUUAGCAUGGUUUUCCUCUGCAGGCCCCUAAUACACUCCAUUAGACCAGUAGGCCCAGGCCUUUGAAGGUGACUGUGGCAGGGCUUUGAAGGUGACUGUUGCAGGGCUUUGAAGGUGACUGUGGCAGGGCUUUGAAGGUGACUGUGGCAGGGCUUUGAAGGUGACUGUGGCAGGGCUUUGAAGGUGACUGUGGCAGGGCUUUAUUGUUUGAUAAUGGGUCCUUGAAGGACUGCUGAAGGGGUCUGAGGGAGGGACAGGCUCUCAGCACUAGAUGAGAGUCUGACUCUGGACUGGGAGUGGGAUGGAUCUGUUGUGUUGAUGAGUUUAUGGGGGGUCAAUAUCCCAUACAGGUGACCUGACAUCCUUAGUGAUCGUGGAUGAGGAUGAGAAAAAAAGACUACAGUCUGGAUUAGAAAGAAAACAAAUACUAUCUGAACCCAGGACUGAUUAGUGAGAUGAACAUUGUAAAGAGCUAUUGUUCCUCAGCUGAAGCUGGCUACUCUGACUGUAUUCUAUCAGUUAUGUUACAGUGAUGUACUCUGACUGUAUUCCAUCAGUUAUGUUACAGUGAUGUACUCUGACUGUAUUCCAUCAGUUAUGUUACAGUGAUGUACUCUGACUGUAUUCCAUCAGUUAUGUUACAGUGAUGUACUCUGACUGUAUUCCAUCAGUUAUGUUACAGUGAUGUACUCUGACUGUAUUCUAUCAGUUAUGUUACAGUGAUGUACUCUGACUGUAUUCCAUCAGUUAUGUUACAGUGAUGUACUCUGACUGUAUUCCAUCAGUUAUGUUACAGUGAUGUACUCUGACUGUAUUCUAUCAGUUAUGUUACAGUGAUGUACUCUGAGUGGAGGAGUCUCCAGAGGGACAUAGGAUGAUCUCAGACCUGGAUGUGCUUUAGCUAACUCUUCUGGCUCUGUUAUGCCUUACAAGUUAUUCAGAGUUGGCUAACAUCCAGGUCUAGGACAAGGCUAAAACAGACAGAAGGGUUGACCUCUUUCUUAACUCUGUAUCUGGUCUUUGUCAGCAGCAGUUCCCACAAUGCAUCUCCAGCCGAGACAGUUGAUUGGACCCCAGAUCGCUUCCCCAGGCCCUGCCUUCCUCGCUGUCACCAACCAGGUGGUCACCAUACCAAUUGUCCCCCAUCAUGUUACCAUGGGGACCAUUGCCGUCUCUGGCCCCGCCCAUCCCAUGACAAUGACCUAUCACAACACAGCAGUGGAUACUAAGGUAUGUUUGAAAUGGAUCUGACCUCCGUACAGCACUGUGUUCUGUCUUAUUCCAUUAUUUAUUCAUUCACAUUAAAGGCACACAGUGGGGAAACAUCUAGCUUAAAGUCACAUCUUACCCCAGUCAGCGUAGGUGCUCAAUCUCAGAAAAAAUAGAGGACAAGCUGGGGUCUGCCCAGUGUCCAUCCAGACAUCUGGAGAGAGGUGGGAGUCAUAAAGCGGCUACUGCCUGGGGGGCUUGGUGGUCCCAGAGAAGUGGAGGAGUGGAGGUGGUUGGUAGUUAGGAGGGCAAAGCCGCUUUAAAACCCACAGGCCCUGACAGUGGUCAGACAGACAGAAAUGGAGCACCUGGCUUUUUACUGUGGUAACACUUACCUGGUGGAGUUUGUCUCACGGAUGGAACAUUUAAGGGGUAGAGUCCUUAUGUGUUUGCUAAGAUAAAUAUUUAUAACAUUGACAUUUUGCAGCUUAUACAGUGAGGGAAAAAAGUAUUUGAUCCCCUGCUGAUUUUGUACGUUUGCCCACUGACAAAGACAUGAUCAGUCUAUAAUUUUAAUGGUAGGCUUAUUUGAACAGUGAGAGACAGAAUAACAACAAUAAAAUCCAGAAAAACGAAUGUCAAAAAUGUUAUAAAUGGAUUUGCAUUUUAAUGAGGGAAAUAAGUAUUUGACCCCUCUGCAAAACAUGACUUAGUACUUGGUGGCAAAACCCUUGUUGGCAAUCACAGAGGUCAGAUGUUUCUUGUAGUUGGCCACCAGGUUUGCACACAUCUCAGGAGGGAUUUUGUCCCACUCCUUUUUGCAGAUCUUCUCCAAGGCAUUAAGGUUUCGAGCCUGACGUUUGGCAACUCGAACCUUCAGCUCCCUCCACAGAUUUUCUAUGUUAUAAAUUGAUUUGCAUUUUAAUGAGGGAAAUACGAUUUUGACCCCCUCUCAAUCAGAAAUAUUUCUGGCUCCCAGGUGUCUUUUAUACAGGUAAUGAGUGAGAUGGGUAUUCCAACAUGACAAUGACCCAAAACACACGGCCAAGGCAACAAAGGAGUGGCUCAAGAAGAAGCACAUUAAGGUCCUGGAGUGGCCUAGCCAGUCUCCAGACCUUAAUCCCAUAGAAAAUCUGUGGAGGGAGCGGAAGGUUCGAGUUGCCAAACGUCAGACUCGAAACCUUAAUGCCUUGGAGAAGAUCUGCAAAAAGGAGUGGGACAAAAUCCCUCCUGAGAUGUGUGCAAACCUGGUGGCCAACUACAAGAAACGUCUGACCUCUGUGAUUGCCAACAAGGGUUUUGCCACCAAGUACUAAGUCAUGUUUUGCAUAGGGGUCAAAUACUUAUUUCCCUAUGUCACGCCCUGGCUCUGGGGACUCUUAAAUGUUGAGCCAGGGUGUGUAGUGUCUAUGUUUUGUUUUCUAUGUGUUUCUUUCUAGAUCGUUUAUUUCUAUGUUGGCCAGGGUGGUUCCCAAUCAGAGGCAGCUGUGGCUUGUUGUCUCUGAUUGGGAACCAUACUUAGGCAGCCUGUUUUGCACUUGUCAUUUGUGGGAUCUUGUUCCGGAGAGGUUUGUGUUUGUUAACCUUAGGACUUCACGUAUUGUUUUGUUGUUUUGUGUUAUUAUGUAAGUACUCAUUAAAAGAUGUACGCAUAUCACGCUGCGCCUUGGUCCGUUGCUUACGACGAUCGUGACAGAAGAUCCCACCAAUUAAGGACCAAGCAGCGUGUCCAGGAGCAAACGCUGGAGGUAACGCUAGUGGAUGUCCUCCUCGGUUGGGGGAAGAUCACCGAGGAGGAGGCCGUCCGCUACCGGAGGGCGAUGAGGGAGGAUGUCCAGGCAGGAGAGGAGAAGCGGCGCCAACCGGGCCGUCGUCGGACAGGCGAGAGGCAACCCCAAUAAAAAAAUUUGGGGGGGCACACGGCAUGGACGACGGGGCUGCUGGAGGCAUCUACAGGGCGAGUUUGUGGACUAGGAGAGGAGGCCACCAGCUUACGGGGGCCAUUGGUCAGGAGGGAGAAGGAGAGUGUGGAGGCACGGUGAGAGGAACUGAGUAGGCAGCAGAGGGAGCGGAGGUUUAUGAGGAAACCCAGUCCCGCUCCUCGCACCAAGCAAGUGGUGUGUGUCACCAGUCUGGUCCGGCCCGUUCCUGAUUCCCGCACAAGGCCAGUGGUGUGUGUUCCCAGUACGGUCAGGCCCGUUCCUGCUCCCCGCACUAAGUUAGUGGUGCGUGUUCCCAGUACGGCCCAACCCGUUCCUGCUCCCUGCAAUAAAUUAGUGGUGCGUGUUCCCAGUCCGGCCCGACCCGUUCCCGCUCCCCGCACUAAGUUAGUUGUGCGUGUUCCCAGUACGGCCCAACCCGUUCCUGCUCCCCGCACUAAGUUAGUGGAGCGUGUUCCCAGUACGGCCCAACCCGUUCCUGCUCCCCGCACUAAGUUAGUGGUGCGUGUUCCCAGUACGGCCCAACCCGUUCCUGCUCCCCGCACUAAGUUAGUGGUGCGUGUUCCCAGUACGGCCCAACCCGUUCCUGCUCCCCGCACUAAGUUAGUGGUGCGUGUUCCCAGCCCUGCCCGGCCUGUUCCUGCCCCUCGCACCAAGCCAGUGGUGCGUGUCGCCAGCCCGGUCCGGCCUGUUCCUGCCCCUCGCACCAAGCCUGUGGUGCACGUCGCCAGCCCGGCCCGGCCUGUUCCUGCCCCUCGCACCAAGCCUGUGGUGCGCGUCGCCAGCCCGGCCCGGCCUGUUCCUGCCCCUCGCACCAAGCCUGUGGUGCGCGUCGCCAGCCCGGCCCGGCCUGUUCCUGCUCCCCGCACCAAGCCUGUGGUGCGCGUCGCCAGCCCGGUCCGGCCUGUUCCUGCUCCCCGCACCAAGCCAGUGGUGCGCGUUGCCAGCCCGGUCCGGCCUGUUCCUGCUCCCCGCACCAAGCCAGUGGUACGCGUCGCCAGCCCGGUCCGGCCUGUUCCUGCUCCCCGCACCAAGCCAGUGGUGUGCGUCGUCAGUCCGGCACAGCCCGUGCCUGUUCCACCAGGCACCGGUCAGCUGCUCCACACCGGAGCCUGAGCAAUCCGCUCCACCGGUGUCCAGUCCAGCUCCGGCCAGCGGGGCCAGACCAGACCAGGGGCGCUACGGGGGGGUAGCGAGAGAGUGGUGGUCACGCCCGGAUCCGCCUCCGAGGCGGAAUGCCCACCCAGCCCCUACCCUCUUGAGUUUGUGUGGCGCGGUCGCAGUCCGCGCCUUUGGGGGGGGGGGGGGUACUGUCACGCCCUGGCUCUGGGGACUCUUAAAUGUUGAGCCUUUAAGAGUGUGCUCCUAAUCUCACUCAUUACCUGUAUAAAAGACACCUGGGAGCCAGAAAUAUUUCUGAUUGAGAGGGGGUCAAAAUCGUAUUUCCCUCAUUAAAAUGCAAAUCAAUUUAUAACAUAGAAAAUCUGUGGAGGGAGCUGAAGGUUCGAGUUGCCAAACGUCAGGCUCGAAACCUUAAUGCCUUGGAGAAGAUCUGCAAAAAGGAGUGGGACAAAAUCCCUCCUGAGAUGUGUGCAAAACUGGUGGCCAACUACAAGAAACGUCUGACCUCUGUGAUUGCCAACAAGGGUUUUGCCACCAAGUACUAAGUCAUGUUUUGCAGAGGGGUCAAAUACUUAUUUCCCUAUGUCACGCCCUGGCUCUGGGGACUCUUAAAUGUUGAGCCAGGGUGUGUAGUGUCUAUGUUUUGUUUUCUAUGUGUUUCUUUCUAGAUCGUUUAUUUCUAUGUUGGCCAGGGUGGUUCCCAAUCAGAGGCAGCUGUGGCUUGUUGUCUCUGAUUGGGAACCAUACUUAGGCAGCCUGUUUUGCACUUGUCAUUUGUGGGAUCUUGUUCCGGAGAGGUUUGUGUUUGUUAACCUUAGGACUUCACGUAUCGUUUUGUUGUUUUGUGUUAUUAUGUAAGUACUCAUUAAAAGAUGUACGCAUAUCACGCUGCGCCUUAGUCCGAUGCUUACGACGAUCGUGACACCCUAAUUAAAAUACAAAUCAAUUUAUAACAUUUUUGACAUGCGUUUUUCUGGAUUUUUUCUUGUUAUUCUGUCUCUCACUGUUCAAAUAAACCUACCAUUAAAAUUAUAGACUGAUAAUUUCUUUGUCAGUGGGGAAACUUACAAAAUCAGCAUGGGAUCAAAUACUUUUUUCCCUCACUGUAAUAUGUGUUGAGGAGAGAAGAGACAACUUAUUGUUAAAAUGAGAGGCUGCCUGGAUCUUUCAUUUCAAGACCCUUGCUCCCUUCGGUCUCAACGUAGACUUUGAUCUGAAGCCAUUCUUGUGAUUAUUGUGAUUUUGCUAUACAUUGUAAAUGUUUGUAGGCCUAUGUAGCCAAAUUGUAUCUAUGAUCGUAUGUUAUCCAUUUAUGUUUUUUUAAUGUUCUAUUGAUAUCUGUAAAUUAACCAAUGAUAUCAAGCCACACCUCGCCAUGAUUACAGACACCUGUGUGUGUCCUCUGACAUUAUAUAAACUAGUGGGAUGUAGCUCAGUUGGUAGAGCAUGGCGUUUGCAACGCCAGGGUUGUGGGUUUGAUUCCCACGGGGGGCCAGUAUAAAAAAGAAUGUAUGCACUCACUAACUGUAAGUCGCUCUGGAUAAGAGCGUCUGCUAAAUGACGUAAAUGUAAAUGUAAAUGUAGUGACCCGCAGUGUUUGCCAUUAUACCCUGAUGAAGACAGCUUGUCUGUCGAAACGUUGGUUAUUAAAUUAUUGCAUAUGUGCUCCUAGAGUGUGAGGCUCUCCUUUCUUUUUCGAGGAGAGAAGAGAAACAUCUAGAACAAUGUUUUUUCGUAAUGUAAAACAUAUAACUAAAACAUAUAGAUGUUUCUUAACACAACUGGAAUAUUUCAGCUUGUUCUUAAAACGUUCCCUAAAGUGAAGAUAUGUUUAGAUUUUACCUGUUGGCAUGUGUUGCGUCAUUGUAGAGUAAAUGUUAGUAUUACUGGGGACCACUUUUGCCUGGUAGGCCAUGUGACAUACAACUGCUAGGUAAACCCAUCAUGAGAGUAGAAAAUACCCAACUGAUGGCUAAAUUAACCCAUGCUUGGGUAAUCCCAUCAACCCAACUUGUUGGGUUAUUCAAGAAACCCAACUGGCUGGGUCAAAAUAACCCAACAUGUGUUCUGUCCACUAUUUAACCAGCGCUGGGUUAGUGUAGGAAAUCCCUCUGAGUCUACUUAACCAUUCCAACACUGGGUUCAAAUACGUUUUAAAAUAAUUUUAAAUCCUUAAAAUGGGCUUGAUUGAGCUUGUCUGGUGCAAUGGGACCAAUCGAACAGUUGCAAAACUGCAAAUCCCACCCAUCUGGCACUCCAGGCAGGCUGGAACAAACGGUACAAGUAUUUGACAGAUUUCAAAUAGUAGUUGCACCCAGGUCUGCAUAGCGGUACCGGAGUGCCAAGUCUAGGUCCAAAAGACUUCUCAACAGCUUCUACCCCCAAGCCAUAAGACUCCUGAACAGCUAAUCAUGGCUACCCGGACUAUUUGCACUGCCCCCCCACCCCAUCCUUUUUACGCUGCUGCUACUCUGUUAAGUAUUUAUGCAUAGUCACUUUAACUCUACCCACAUGUACAUAUUACCUCAACUAGCCGGUGCCCCCGCACAUUGACUAUGCAACGGUACCCCCCUGUAUAUAUAGCCUCCCUACUGUCACUUUAUUCUAUUGUAUAUAUAGCCUCCCUACUGUCACUUUAUUUUUUACUUCUGCUCUUUUUUUUCUCAACACUUUUUUGUUGUUGUUUUAUUCUUACUUUUUUUGUUUAAAAUAAAUGCACUGUUGGUUAAGGGCUGUAAGUAAGCAUUUCACUGUAAUGUCUGCACCUGUUGUAUUCGGCGCAUGUGACCAAUAAAAUUUGAUUUUGAUUUGAUUUGAUUUGAAAGCCCCUUCAAUUUACUUAACCAUUCCAACAAGGUGACAUAAGGACAGCUGGGGCGACUGGUUUAUUUAGCCUUGUCUUGAAGGAAUAUUAACGUAUUACGGUUAAUCAGUGUUUAGGACCAUGUGUAGCACUGUGUUCAUGACUCGCUACAUGCAAUACUAUUAUUGGACUUUUCUCAAAUUGAAGAGUGGAAUGGAUAAGCCAACAAUAUUGUUUUGAGGGAGAGGUUUCUCCAAUAAAAUCUCUUUAAUUAACAGUAGCCCUAGUAAUAGCUGUAGAGUUGGGUUGGCUCAGUCAGUUUGUUAACAGCUUGUAAUCAAUUCUAGAACUGUAAUACUUUUUAGAACUUGACUGGAAAAAUAUGAAAUUAUGAAAAUGUAAUAUUGAUAUGGUAGCUCAACAGAGACAUAAAACAGUCCAAAAAAUAAUAAUUUCACAAUUCUUUCCUACUUCCUCAAUAUGACAGUGCUAUUUUCAGACCGCAUCAUAACCUUGGCUGAACUAUUAGACAACCUCAGAAAAUGUAAUUACUUUAGUCUCUAAUUAAUUGCAGUGAAAUGUGGUUUUUCUGCCUCGAUAUCCAAGAGCUACACACUAAAAACAAAUGGUUCUAUAUAGUGCCAAAUAAGGGUUAUUUGGCUCGUAACGAUAUAACCCUUUUUUGAAGGUUCUAUAAAGAACCAUGCUCAUACGGUUCUAAAUGGAACCUUUAUGGUGCUAUAAAGAACCCUUUCCUAAGGUUCUAUAAAUAACUAUUAGAAAAAGGACCAAAAAGGGUUUUAAUGAUUAUUUAUAUAACCUUUAUGGAGAAUAGUUCUAUCAGGAACUUUUUGUCAAUCUCAAAGGUUCUACAAAGAACCCUUUGAAGAACCAUACAGGGUUAUUUUUUCUGGUCAGAUACAGUAUAUUAUAUGGUUAAAAUGCCAUAGGUGUUAAUUUACAAAUGGAAUCAGGUGUGCUAGCUCUCUCUAAGGAGAGAAUUGAGAACUGCUGAUUUAGACAACAAAGUUCUCAAUUGACAAGACACCAUCACUGGCCAUAAGUAAGUAGCCUUGCGCGGGAGCAGGAGUCCUGUUUCUGUACCGUGAGACAGCUUGAUGUAGAAGUACACCACCUGGACAGGACACUAGUCUAUCGCAGGGCCGUACCCCCAAUGUACCUCCUUAAUGUUGAGCGCCAAGCAGAGACGUACUGUGUGUCAUUUUUACAGUCUUUGGUAUGACUCAGCCGAGGAUGGAACUCCCAACCUUCCAAUCUCAGGUCAGACGUUCUAACCACAAGGCCACUGAGUUGGCCAUCGUCAUAUACAGUGGGGAGAACAAGUAUUUGAUACACUGCCGAUUUUGCAGGUUUUCCUACUUACAAAGCAUGUAGAGGUCUGUAAUUUUUAUCAUAGGUACACUUCAACUGUGAGAGACGGAAUCUAAAACAAAGAUCCAGAAAAUCACAUUGUAUGAUUUUUAAGUAAUUAAUUUGCAUUUUAUUGCAUGACAUAAGUAUUUGAUCACCUACCAACCAGUAAGAAUUCCGGCUCUCACAGACCUGUAAGUUUUUCUUUAAGAAGCCCUCCUGUUCUCCACUCAUUACCUGUAUAAACUGCACCUGUUUGAACUCGUUACCUGUAUAAAAGACACCUGUCCACACACUCAAUCAAACAGACUCCAACCUCUCCACAAUGGCCAAGACCAGAGAGCUGUGUAAGGACAUCAGGGAUAAAAUUGUAGACCUGCACAAGGCUGGGAUGGGCUACAGGACAAUAGGCAAGCAGCUUGGUGAGAAGGGAACAACUGUUGGCGCAAUUAUUAGAAAAUGGAAGAAGUUCAAGAUGACGGUCAAUCACCCUCGGUCUGGUGCUCCAUGCAUGAUCUCACCUCGUGGGGCAUCAAUGAUCAUUAGGAAGGUGAGGGAUCAGCCCAGAACUACACGGCAGGACCUGGUCAAUGACCUGAAGAGAGCUGGGACCACAGUCUCAAAGAAAACCAUUAGUAACACACUACGCCGUCAUGGAUUAAUAUCCUGCAGCGCACGCAAGGUCCCCCUGCUCAAGCCAGCGCAUGUUCAGGCCCAUCUGAAGUUUGCCAAUGACCAUUUGGAUGAUCCAGAGGAGGAAUGGGAGAAGGUCAUGUGGUCUGAUGAGACAAAAAUUGAGCUUUUUGGUCUAAACUCCACUCGCCGUGUUUGGAGGAAGAAGAAGGAUGAGUACAACCCCAAGAACACCAUCCCAACCAUGAAGCAUGGAGGUGGAAACAUCAUUCUUUGGGGAUGCUUUUCUGCAAAGGGGACAGGACGACUGCACCGUAUUGAGGGGAGGAUGGAUGGGGCCAUGUAUCACGAGAUCUUGGCCAACAACCUCCUUCCCUCAGUAAGAGCAUUGAAGAUGGGUCGUGGCUGGGUCUUCCAGCAUGACAACGAUCCGAAACACACAGCCAGGGCAACUAAGGAGUGGCUCCGUAAGAAGCAUCUCAAGGUCCUGGAGUGGCCUAGCCAGUCCAGACCUGAACCCAAUAGAAAAUCUUUGGAGGGAGCUGAAAGUCCGUAUUGCCCAGCGACAGCCCCGAAACCUGAAGGAUCUGGAGAAGGUCUGUAUGGAGGAGUGGGCCAAAAUCCCUGCUGCAGUGUGUGCAAACCUGGUCAAGACCUAUAGGAAACGUAUGAUCUCUGUAAUUGCAAACAAAGGUUUCUGUACCAAAUAUUAAGUUCUGCUUUUCUGAUGUAUCAAAUACUUAUGUCAUGCAAUAAAAUGCAAAUUAAUUACUUAAAAAUCAUACAAUGUGAUUUUCUGGAUUUUUGUUUUAGAUUCCGUCUCUCACAGUUGAAGUGUACCUAUGAUAAAAAUUACAGACCUCUACAUGCUUUGUAAGUAGGAAAACCUGCAAAAUCGGCAGUGUAUCAAAUACUUGUUCUCCCCACUGUAUAACAUGUGAUGGUAUAACACAACAGAUUAGAUUAGAUCAACUGGAAUGGCAAUCUCACUCACGGUUGCACAAAAAGAGCUGUGCGCAAACCCCCCCCCCCCCCCAAAAUAAAAAUAUUCUGUUUGAUUCCAGACCUUCUUUGAGUCUCUGUGUUAGAAGCAUUAGCCCUCUGCAAAGAUUCAUGGCUGUGUGAUGGCCAGAAUGUAGUGCUAGGAAGUUUCUUUGAAAGGUAAGCAUUUUGCUGUGUCAUGGCUUGUCGCCUUGCUAGAAGACAAUGAUGGCUUUUGUGUGUGGGUGUGUGGGUGCACCCGUGUAUGUACACUGACUUUUGAUUGAACCUAACCUAAACAUCCAAUAGCGAAACACGCUCCAUUGACCUGUGUGUGUAUCUCCUUCUCCAUUCUCAUAACCUUGUUCAGUAAAUCACCAUGGUCUGAGAAAAGUGAAAGUGAGGAAGCUGUUUGUUUACGUUGAUGGACCAACCAUCAGGUCAGGAAGAAGAGGACAUAGUCUUCCUCAUCCCGUCCCAGGGGACGCAUGUCUGGCUGGUAAUGAAUUAUGUUUGACCUUUAACCCCCGUGGGAACCUCAGCAGGGCACAGUGUCUGAAUGGGUCUUUUGAAAGUCCUAUCUGUCUGUUCCCAAGGGAGGAGGAGGCCCAUAGGAUGAUGGGUGAUUUAUCUCUCUGUGUCAGACCAAAGAGGAGAUAAAACGAUCGUGGACAUCACUGGGAGAACAUGACAGUGGCUUCUGGCUUCGCCUCGUACCUAAUAACACCCCUUAGCGCUGAUAUAUUCACAGCCUAUCACAGCCUAUCAUAGCCUUUCACAGCCUAUCACAGCCUUUCACAGCCUUUCACAGCCUAUCACAGCCUUUCACAGUCCUUUUCUGUUACUUAUUCUAUCACACGUGACCGUAUGGCAUGGUUAUAGAGCUAUACAGUAAUCUAUUUUAGCCUCGUAAAUACCAGACUGAUUACCACUCGCGAGAUCAGGCGGCUUGUGAGGCUAAAUCUAUGUAGGACCAAUGUAGUUUUACCACUCUCAAUUUUGGUGGACUCAUUUGUUUUAGAAUGGUAACAGCUACUGAACAGUGAUUCUUUUUAAGAACUCCAUUAUGCUGUCUGACUGUAAGUCCAGCAGGUUGACCUUUAUUGUCAUGAGUCUUGUCCUGGAGGAAUAACUGAGCGAUUUCCCUUUAGAUAUAUACCAGCUGCAAAGUCAAAAUUGUCUAUAUUGUAAAAAUAUUCGCUUUUUGGUCUUAAUUAAGGUUAGGGUUAGGUUUAGCAGUGUGGUUAAGGUUAGCGUUCAAAUUAGAUCUUAUGACUUUGUGGCUGUGCUAGCUAGUGACCACUCUGCAGAGCUGCCUCCAGAACAAGAUUCAUUACGAAAAACGCUAACCUCUGGAUAUAUAUACAAAAAUGUAAAUGUAAUUGUCUAUUGGAUGUUUUCCAUGAAAACCUUUUACCUCACCAGAUCUUACACUACAAACCUGUGACUUCACCUCUCACUGACAGAAUCCAUGUUCCCUGUUGUAAUGUACUAUAGUAGCAUCACUGGCUUAGCUGCACUGAAAAACAAACAGACAGUAGGGAUAGAUAGAUAGAUUAUUUGUAUGGCUCAAGGUGGUGGAGAAGGCUUGAGGACCUUUGUUGGAUUUGGAAUAUAAUUCACUGUCUUUGAAGAAAUACAGUUUAUGUACAGGAAGUCAGGGUACAGUAUGAUGACGUGAUCGCUCAAUUCAAUCAAACUCGCAUCUCGGUAUUUACUCUAUGCAGUAGCUCUUUUCCUGUGAUCAAAUCAAAUCCCUGGAUGGCUUUGGGUACUGUUAAAACCUAUUCUUUAGGACUACCAGGUAGACAUCCCUCUCAGCGACAUUUACAUUUUAGUCAUUUAGCAGACGCUCUUAUCCAGAGCGAUUUACAGUUAGAUGCCAAUUCUCAGAUUAAGAAGUGUGCAUGCAUGUGUUUGUAAACAAAGGCACUGUAUAAACAUUGCAAUGACAAGUUCUCUACCGUAAAACAAUCAUUUGAUGGUUCUGCAAGCCGUAUGUUAUCCCACUGCACAAAAACUGCUGACUUUCCCCUCCACCCCCAAUCAGAGUGCAACAUCAACAAACCCUCCUAACCUCCAGUUAACAACUGUAAUCUACAUCCCUAGAGAGUAGGGACUCAGACCGCCGACUCAUAUAGCUUCAUAUCAAUCUAAUUUUCAGCCUCUUAUUCAGACUAUGUCCCCGACUCCCAGUUUACACUAGAGUCAGUGAAGCGCUAGAUUGCUGACUCUGUCUACCAUUGUCGAGGAGGGGGAGGUUUGUACUGUUGACUAUACAGUGGUUGUUUAAAGGCAGGGUUUCACUUUCCCCUUGCAGGACGUGUAUCCCCCCCCCCCCCCCGAAACAAAUCAAAUAUGUUUCUACGGAGACCAAAUAAAACAGUGUGGUCUGAAUUUGCAUAGCUCCAAAAGCCGCGCAUUUAGAUAUGUUACGAAGCAUGGCCUCAGAAAUGGGGUGCAGCGGAGAAAGCAGUUAAAGAGCUGUAGCAGAGUUCUUCUGUGGUCUAUGGCUCAGUGGUAUAAAUACUAGUCUCAGAGAGGGCAUUGGAGGACAACACAAUGUAUGUUAGUCAGCUGCUACUGCUAGACAGUGUUAUGAAUGUGGUAAACUUAGGUUUGCACAGAGAAACUAUACCCACUCGGCACAGACGUCAGUUCAACGUUUAGUUUUGAUUUACAUUUGGUUGAGUUGUCAACUAACGUGAAUUCAAUGUGAAAUCAAAAAAAUUAUUCACCAUGUCAUUGGAUUUAGGUUAAAAGUUGGGUGAAAAUAAUACGAAAUUCCCUUACGUUGAUUUUUUUUUUUUCAUGUUGAUUCAAUGUCAUCACAUUGAUUUUUGGUGUUGAAAUGAUGUGGAAUCAACGUAGAUUAAACCAGUUUUUGCCCAGUGGAUGGAGACUUAGUCUAGACUUAGUAUAAAUCUCUAUAUAUGGGUCUGUAUUUACAUAAUCAAAUGCUGUCUGCUUUUUACAAAUGAGAUGGAGCUGAUGCUGUUUUAAAUGUGCAUUGUUACCCAUAAAGUUGUUUAUUUUAUCACCUAAAACAUUGCAAGACCAUUCCUCUUCUGGUCAUUCAGUUCACUCUGAAAAUGUCUUGUCCCCUUCUCCCUCCCUCCCUCCCUCCCUCUCUAUGUAUGGCUGUCCUUACAUAAUCCCACCACUAGUCUAGCUCUCAGUCCACUCAGACAUGGAAAAAGGCAGUGUGUAUGUGAAGUAUGAAGUCUGUUCUGCAGAAACAUGCUGGAGUCAUUAUCAGCUUGUAAUUGAGGAUUCCGUGUCAGUUUUUCCAUCUUUUGCAGCAGCUGCACCUGUUGGGUGUGACUGAGUGAGUAAGUGACUGAGUAUAUGUGCUGUUAGACAAACAAGUAGCUUAGAGCUGCGUGCUGCAGGUGCUCUGUCUGGGCAGACAAGAUGGCAACCAAAAAGUGUUACUGCCGGGUAUGGCUUAUGUCUGGUGUAACUGGCGUCACCAGAUUGGUUUUGUAAACCCACAGCCAAUGUCAUCUGCAUGCCAAGGCCAAUGUACUCAUAUUAUAUCAUCCUCAAGCUCUCCUGUGUUGUGGACAUCCAUUUUGAAUUGUUAAUGUGUUCUGAGGAGGAGGAGUCAGCUGAUGCAUGGUAUUUGCAACACCAUGGUUGUAUGGGUUUGAUUUUCUUGUACAUCCAUGCUGAAAUAUGUAUUAAGUUUGAACUUUCCCAUAAAAUAAUCUCUGUGUGACCAUGUCAGUCACAUUAUUUUAUCAAUCCCUCCCUCUCCACCUGUCCAGGUGUGUGCGGAGCAGUGGCAGCAGAGGAUGGUGAAGAACCGUGAGUUGGCCACGCUGUCUAGACUGAGGAGGAAGGAGGUGCUGCAGGCCCUGGAGGCUCGUCUCAGGGGGACACUGUGUGAGAACCAGAGGCUGCUCCAGGAGAACGGAUCCCUCAGAACCCAGCUGGAUGGACUGCUCACUGAGGUGAGAUGGGAUAGACACACCUUUUUUCAACUCCAGGGCCCCUGUGUGAAUGCUUUCCAAAUGUGUCCUUACUUCCUCGCUUCCUGAAGCAAUCACUGAUCUGACACAAAUUGAUAGGUUUAAGUGAGGGUUUCAUUCUACUGCUUUCACAUAUACACUGACUUCAGACACCAGAUCACCCACUUAUACAGAUGUAGGAUCUUAAUUUGAUCACCCUGUUGCAGGACAACUUUCCUGCAAUGCAGGACAUUUUAAACUUGUAGUGUAUUUGAGGUUUAAAAAGGCUUCUGAUGUUUGUAAUUUCCACUUUCCCUUACGAAAAAUGUAUCAACCCCUACAAAAAUGUCAAUUUUUAAUCCACAUAAUAAUUCACAUUUUCUGUUGCUGCAGGUUUAUUUUCCUGCUGUAGCAAACUGGCUGAAAUUAAGAUCCUACGUCUGUAGAACACAUCCUCCAUUUCUAUUUCUUGUUUCUUUGAUGUGCAAUAAUCACUGAUCUGGGAUGAUUUCAUACAGUUGCUGAAAAUAUGUUCCAAUUCAGAGCUUGGACUGAUCCAGUCAGGUAAAAUCAGUUUAUUUUUCUCUUUCUGUACUUUUCUUCACAGAACACUGUGCUGAAGGUGACAGCUCCAAAGAGACGGGCUGUGUGUCUCAUGGUCGUCCUGGUGUUCUUCAUGGUCGUCCUGGUGUUCUUCAUGGUCGUCCUGGUGUUCUUCAUGGUCGUCCUGGUGUUCUUCAUGGUCGUCCUGGUGUUCUUCAUGGUCGUCCUGGUGUUCUUCAUGGUCGUCCUGGUGUUCUUCAUGGUCGUCCUGGUGUUCUUCAUGGUCGUCCUGGUGUUCUUCAUGGUCGUCCUGGUGUUCUUCGUGCUCAACACUGGUUCCCUGAGGUGAGCACUUUGUCUGUCUGUCUGUCAAUGUUUUUUUUUAUGUCAGCCAGUCAGUCAGUCAUCUCUUUGCCAUGUCCAGAGCCCGAUAAUUCACUAACAUGCAGUAUAAAUUACGAGUUUUCUCCCAAUGUCUCAGAAAAAGGGCCACAUCCAAACCUUUUUUUUACUCACGGAGUAAGGCUUUGGAAAGUUGGCUGAGAGUCGGGAGAGGAGAAGGGCUCUCUGAGUUUUCCAUACGCUCAGGCUUCCCAGAAUCCCAGAACUAGGAAAAUGGGAGCGUUGCUUCCCUUCCACGCCGGCCGGUUCGGAAAUGCAACCUGUAGAUCAGCUACACACAUGCUUAUUUAUAGACUCCAAAUGUAUUCUAUCACUGGACAUGUUCCUUUGAAUCCUCUCACAAGGAUUUGUUCAGUAAACCCUGGCCAGGAGCUGAGCGAACUUUUGCUAAUGUUUCCAGUCAUAGCUCAAGUCAAUAUCAAAUGUUUUUUCAAUUAAUAAGGUCCUGCUGGGUUCAUCUUUUGUCACUGGGAUGUUUGGAUACAUUUCCAGGCAUUUAGAAAAAGGUAUUGGUUAGGGGUGUGUUUUUUUAUAUGGGGUGUGUAUUCAUUUGAUACUACUGCACAAGAUCUUGACCACUUUUGGGCAUUGUUGUGUUGAGUACUUCUGUCAGAUCUUACUGGGUCUCGUAUUGUUUUGGCUCAAGUAGGAGGCCACAAGUUUAUUAUCCUUUUCUGUGUGUGUGUGCGUGUGUGUGUGCAUGUGUGUCUGUGUGUGUAUGGGUAUGUAUGCUUGUGUGUGUGUGUGUAUACAUAGGUUUAUGGUACAUGGCCUUCAGAUUGCAGGCCUGUCUAAGACUAAGGCCAAGCAACUGGCAAGGUACUGCUCUGUUUCAGCAGUUAUGGGCAGCCUAGCUUGGUGGAGAACAAGGUACUGCUCUGUUUCAGCAGUUAUGGGCAGCCUAGCUUGGUGGAGAACAAGGUACUGCUCUGUUUCAGCAGUUAUGGGCAGCCUAGCUUGGUGGAGAAGAAGGUGCUUUUUGUAUCCUAAAGUGUCCUUGUAUCCAAGAACUGGACUGAAUCCUUCCUUGAUGUAAUGUGAUUUGUGGAUUCAGAUAAAGUAUUUAAAAUGUGUGUGUGUGUGUGUGUUUGUAUGGUUUAGCCUAGAGCGUAAAUUCAAAUCUUUGAUUUAUCCCACGCACAAUGGAUGAAGUCAUGCCUCUCCUAAGCCAGGUGAAGUCUCUGUGUGGUUUUCAGUCUGUAGUCUGGCCACCAUGACCAACCCUCUACUUCCUGACCUGUUGUUGAGAUCACUCUUCUUCUUGUAUUCAUCUGUCUUGCUUGUUUCAUGCUUGUGUGCAUUUGGACCUUUAUGAUAAAACGUUUGAACUUUUUGAGAAAAAUGUUUGAAGAGCCUUUAUGGAUUUAUAACAAAUGAAACACUACCAUGAAAUUGUCAAUUUGGAAACUUUUUUUGAUCUUUGUAAUGGCUUUAGCCACUGUAUGUGCAUGUGUGUGUGUAUGUCUGUGUCUGUGUGUGUGUCUGUGUGUAUGUCUGUGUCUGUGUUUGUGUGUGACUGAUUCACUGCAGAAUGUUUCGGUCCUCAAAGGGAAAUGCUCUAAGGUCUGUAAUGCUCUAAUGUUCUUGAACAUGUGUAUGUUAGUCCAUGUUGCUUUUUUCCGUGUUUGGCCUGGCUUGUGUAACUGAAGACCCUGCCCUGUCCCUCUGGUCUCAGUGUGUGGGAGUCAGAGCCCAGCAGCUCCAGCCUGUCCACAGGGACGCCACAAAGCAGCCGACAUCUGCUCAGCUUCUCCCCUGUCCAACAACAGAGGGGAGGGGAGGAAACACCAGCCCCCUAG